AUGAGGUGCAUGUGCCGGAAUGAAUUGACCCACACGGCGGUGCUGGUGGUGGCGGUCAUUCUGGCCGUGGCGGUCGAGGGAAAAUUGGCAGCCCGCGGCAAGUACGAGAUGAUGGCCGCUUCAAACAAAAACACCGAUGAGCGCAGCAUGGUGGAUAACGUGAAAAUGAUGUUCGGCGGCGGAACGAACAGGGCUCCGGCCCACGAUACACCCUCGAGUUCCUGCAGUUGUCGCUGUGGGGAAAGAAACGACGCAUCCCGCAUUGUCGGCGGCCAGCCAACUGGUAUCAAUGAGUUCCCCUGGAUGGCACGGUUAAGCUACUUCAACCGGUUCUACUGCGGCGGCAUGCUGAUCAAUGAUCGAUACGUCCUAACGGCAGCCCAUUGCGUAAAAGGUUUCAUGUGGUUCCUGAUUAAGGUCACCUUCGGUGAGCACAACCGAUGCGACGAUACGCUACGACCGGAAACCCGCUUCGUGUUACGAGCAAUCGCUCAGAAAUUCAGCUUUCUCAACUUCGACAACGACAUCGCACUGCUGCGACUUAACGAUCGCGUCCCGAUAACCGACUUCAUCCGGCCGAUUUGCCUGCCGACAGAUCCAUCGAAUACCUACGUAGGUCGGAAUGGAACCGUGACCGGCUGGGGAACCCUGAAAGAGGAUGGCAAACCAUCCUGCAUUCUGCAGGAAGCGGACGUCCCGGUGAUCUCCAACGACGUGUGCAGUAGUGAAACCAACUACACGUCGUCGAUGAUUACCGACAACAUGAUGUGCGCAGGUUAUCUUGGCGUUGGUGGUCGGGACUCUUGUCAGGGCGAUUCCGGUGGCCCAUUGGUAGCGGAACGGCAGGACAAACGAUACGAACUCAUCGGGGUGGUAUCGUGGGGCAAUGGCUGCGCGCGGCCCUACUAUCCGGGAGUUUACACCAGAGUGACGAAGUACCUGGAUUGGAUCAAGGAAAACUCCAAAGAUGGCUGUUUUUGCAGUGAAUGA